AUGGCUGACGGUCCGAAUCGGAAGGCCUGCGAUCGAUGUCAUACGCAGAAGCUCAGCUGUAAACGCGUCGGCGAUGAAGCUUGCGAGCGAUGUGUCAGGCUCAAGACGCAAUGCAAGUCAAGCCCAUCCCUGCGGUAUCGGAAGCAACACCACCAGCAAUCGACAGGCGAUAUCCUACGAAGAAGCAUUCCGUCGCCCAAACGCCAGCGAUCCAACAGUGGGAGCCACGUUGUGCAACCCGAUCUGUCCAUUGUCAAGACCCAAGCGGGUGAUUCUAUCACGGGGAACCCUGGAUUUGGGGAUCAUGCUGUGUCUCCAGAAGCCAUGCUGGACAUUGUCGACUUCGACUUUGGCUUUGGGCAACCGAGCCUCUACCCCAACCCAGCGCCAAAUCAGCCUUUGCCGCCGCCAUUCCACGGUGGCAUGGAAGACCUCAUGGCAGGAGAUUCAAUUUCUCACGCGUGGAGUCCCCCGCAAUCUGCAACAUCGGAGUCGGCAUUCACAUCACCUGUGGCUCCACAGCCAGAUCCAGCCAACCACGUCUAUCUUGGUAGUCCUGGCCCCUACAGGCCAUCAGUCAGGCCUGGUCAACAACUCGACAUCACUCCGGAGAGGCGACAGAGAAGACGUGCAAAGCAGAGGACAAGGCAGAUUUCCCUCCGGCCAGCUGCAGGUGGGCCGGGGCCGUCUGCGGAAGAGUGGAUGCCCCGGAUCAUCAACGUCAACUCCAGGCUCUUCGAGCUUUCGUCAAGCCUCCCACACCAGGCCGAAGCUUCUGACGAGCCGUCUCGAUACAGCAUGGCAUCCAGUCCCGAAGAGGGCAGUGCAAUGAUGACGCCUUUCCCGGUGGACGAGAUGUUCAAACUUUCGCGCCACUUUGCCGAGAUACUUGCGGAGAUGGCACCGAUCGAAGACGCCUCCCCCGCUAGCGACAUGGAAAGGCACCAGCCGAGUAAGGGACUCGACUCACUUGCGGAUCCGGCGACUUGCCUCUUCAUUCUCUCCACAUAUGUUCGACUCCUCGACAUGUACCAGAAGGUGUUCAGCUGCAUUCACUUUCAACUAGGACAUUUGCAGCCGGCCAGCCUGUUUCAGUCAUGGAAACUCCCUGGUGUCACUGUCGGAUCUUUUGCGGUAGACUCGACGCCUUCACUGCAAAUGUCUCUUACGAUUCAAUUAGCCGAAGAGUUUCUCUUGCAGAUGCGGCGAGCAGCAUCAUCACUGGACCCAACUCUGCGAUCGGCGGAGUCUCCAGCAGGAAGAACGCUUGACGCGACUUCCAUGUUUUCUGGGGUAGUGGAUGUCUCAUUCCAGGCCCUGAAGAGGCAAGAAGAGAGUCUUGGACAGGAACUAAAGGACCUACGUAAGGACAUGGAGUCCUUCCUUGACGGAUGA